UUAUGACAAUGUUUUUGUUUUGUUGUUCAAAAUGUCCUCUUCAGUGGAAGGCACUAAUAUCAGCAUCCGAAAUUAUCCAACAUGUGCGGUCGACGCAUUAACAAGACUAGAAGGUCUUGUUGCCACCAGAAACAAACAGAAUUGGGCAAUGAAAAUUAUAUCGGAAGUGAUUUUCCUGGAGCCGAGCGAGGGAGACGCACGAUCACGCAAAUCACAAGGCUUGCCCACCAGCCAGAUGAAUCUGUUUCAAGAGUUUCAAUUGAUUAUUGCGUUAAUUGAAUACUUCUCUAGGCCAGGAAGUGAUGCCACCCGGAACGCAAUAUUUCUUUCACUUUUUGGUAGUAACCUGACGCCGCAGCGGUCAAAGCUUUUGUCCAGACUCAUCAGCACUGCAGUCUCCGGAUCAGUUGCUCCACUACUUUCAUCAGCUGGCACAUGGAUGCAGCAAGUGGGAUGUAAGACACCACCAAGUCUAGAAGUUGCUCAGAACAUUGUCAGCGACUUCAUACUCUUCUCAAAGAAAACAUCAGAGCAAUUGAAGCAACUGCCAUUGGUGGGACCUCAAUUUGCAGCGAAUUUCAUGGUCGCCGUUGCUGAUCUCUAUCUGAAUGAGCAACGUGACGGCACAUUGAUACCUCCUCCAGAUGCCUUGUUGGACGCAAUAACCGAAUGGAUUACAGAGAAUCCCACACUCUGUCAGGCUUCGCAGCAGCCACUUGUGCUACCAGCUGGUGCAAUUGCCAUGCCAUUUGCCACACCCAUUUCGGGUCUAUUGCGAUGGGCUGUGUUAGCCCCAUUAAUCUCACAGAGGUCUGCGUAUAGCAAUUUGCAUCUCUCGCUAUUGCAAACUCUCCAACAGUUGGUCUGCAGUGGCGAGGCAGCUGCCUUGCAUGCCCAGGAUCUUAUGCAGAUUGUAAAGUCAUUGCAAAACCAUUGCACCCGAUUAACUGAGGCUAAUCUCUCACCUGAUGCCGAUGCUGCCUAUCAAAAGUGUAUGGAACGAUUCGCCCAAGCUGUCCAGAUAGCCCUUAACACCAAUUGCAUUACGAAUCCAAUUCAGUUGCUCUGCAUGCUUGAAGCUCUUCCGCCCCAUGCGCUUAUGAAAAUUGUUCUUGCGGCACACAAAAAGCUUUGAUACGAUUUCUAAACGUACAUACUUUUAAACAUAAUAUAGAUAAAUAGAGUACAAUAAUAUCUAAUUUGUGUGUGUUGUAAGUAAGGGCUUAAAUGCCAGAAGGGCAAUAGGGUAUCAAAUGAUUUGGGCAGAUUCUAUGUUUUCAAUGUUUUUCUGUCACAAAAAUAAAGUUGUAAAGUAUUAUACUAAACUGAA